AUGGGACUGUUCUACAGCAAAAGUGAGACAGAACCCUCUCCAUGCAACUUGCUUACUGUAAAAGUCAUACAGAUGAAAAAUGCCAGGAAAGCAGACUUGUUAACUCAGUCUGAUUGCUAUGUGAGCCUGAGCCUGCCAACAGCUUCAGUGCAGCAUUUCCGCACCAAGACAGUCCAGAACAGCAAGAAUCCAAUGUGGAAUGAAACCUUCCACUUCACGAUUCAGAGCCAGGUUAAGAACAUUCUGGAACUAAAAGUUUGUGAUGAGGACAAUGUAACUCAAGAUGACCAUCUCCUCACUGUAUUCUUUGAUGUCUCCAAAAUCCAACUUGGGGAAAACAUUCAGCUAAGUUUCCAGCUAAAUCCACAGGGAAAAGAGGAGCUGGAGGUUGAAUUCACGAUGGAGAGCAGUCCAGAUCCUCCUGAAAACAUUGUUACUAAUGGAGUUUUAGUGUCCCGUGAAGUUUCCUGUUUGGAGGUGCAGGUGAACGGUGGGAGGAUGAGGAAGGACACUAUGGAGAGAAAGUUUGCGUUAACUGUGGACGGGUCAUACGAAGGAACCCAGACCCACACACUGAGCUCCUGUCUCUGCCCGACCUCCCCGGCCAGGUUCCACUACAUCAAGUACAGUCAGUCGGCGCUCACUGUGGCUCUACCACGGCGGAGGCAUCUCAGCAGGUCUACAUCAAGUCAAAAUGAAAGGGAUAUGAACGAGUCUGUGACUCUACCUCUAAACUCGCUUCCUAUACAAGAGAAAAUAACAAUAGCAGAGGACAGGACAAUUGACUUGUACACAAAGGCAAAUGAAUGGACUCAGGGUCUGUGUUUCAGGCCAAGAAACCUAGAUGCCCGCUUGGGGUUUGACCUCUGCACUGAUGAACAGAAUUUCCUGCAAAACCGGAGGAAGGUGGUUGCUGCUGCACUAAAGGAUGUUCUUCAUUUGGAGGAAGAUCUGCAAGAGCAUGAGGUGCCUAUAGUGGCUGUGACCACAGCAGGAUGUGGAAUAAGAGCACUCACUGGCAUGUAUGGCAGCAUUUUGGGCCUUCAAAAGUUGCGUGUUCUGGAUUGUAUUUCAUACAUCAGUGGCUCAUCUGGCACAACAUGGACAAUGACAAAGCUAUAUGAAGAUGCUGAUUGGUCACGUAAGGAUCUCGGAGAAAUAAUUAUUGAAGCACGGAAGCAAGCAGCCAAGUGCAAGAUGGGGGCUUUUUGCUUGAAAAGUCUAAGGAAUUAUUACAGAGAGCUGAGCCAAAGGACCCAAGCAGGACAUAAAACCUCUUUUAUUGAUCUGUGGGGGCUCAUGAUUGAAUCCAUGUUGAAUGAUGGGAAAAGCCACCAUAGACUUUCUGAUCAACGUCAGGCAGUGAAUCAAGGUCAGAACCCUCUGCCCAUCUACCUUGCCCUGAAUGUCAAGGACAAAGUUACCACCAAAGAUUUUAGAGAGUGGGUGGAGUUCACACCAUACGAGGUGGGCUUCCUGAAGUAUGGCGCCUUCAUUCGUGCAGAGGAUUUUGGCAGUGAGUUCUUCAUGGGGCGCCUGAUGAAGAAGCUCCCUGAGUCCCGAAUCUGUUUCAUGCAAGGAAUGUGGAGUAGUAUCUUCUCCAAAAACCUCUUGGAUGCCUGGCACGCAGCUGACAAUUCAGAGGACUUCUGGCACAGGUGGACCCAAGACAAAGUGACUGAAAUAGAGGAACAACCAGACUUGCCCGAGAAGCCAUAUGAGAUGGCCACGUGUGUUUUCACUCCUACGAGCGGCCUCUCCACAACUCUCCGGGAUAUCCUGACAGAUCGCCCUGCUGUCUCCAAGUACCACAACUUCCUAAGAGGCCUCCAGAUGCACAAUGAGUAUAUCCAGCAUGAACAUUUCACCAAAUGGAAAGACACUCUGCUAGACACCUGUCCUAAUGACCUGAGAGGCAACUCAGAACACUUGGAGCUGGUGGAUGCAGCUUUCUUCUUUGAAACCAGUUACCCACCCCUUAUGAGAUCAGAGCGGAAAGUGGAUGUCAUCAUACACUUAAAUUACACAGGGGGUUCACAGACUUUGCCCCUGGAGCAGGCCUGCACAUACUUCGCAGAGCAGGGAAUUCCAUUUCCCUGCAUUGGAUUGAAGGAUGAAGAGAAGAACCUGAAAGAGUGUUACAUGUUUGAUGGUGCAGACACCCCAGGAGCUCCUCUGCUGCUUUAUUUUCCAUUAGUGAAUGAUACCUUUCAAAGAUAUGUAGCACCUGGCAUGUCACGUAGUGCUGCUGAAAUGGAACAGGGCAAGAUUGAUAUCUCCAGUUUCUGCUCUCCAUACUCAACCAGAGAGGUCUCACUGAAAGCAGAAGAUUUCAACAAGCUCCUGAAGCUGACUAAUUACAACAUCAUGAAUAAUGAGAAUAUGAUUCUUCAGGCCUUGCGCAUGGCUGUGGCACGGAAGAAACAAGCCCUUAGCCAGCCAGUAUCACAAGCAAUGAGGAAGGCGGAGCAUGGAAAAACCACUUGCUCCUCAGCAGGUGCCUCCUUAAAGUUUGCAGAGGUACUUCAUGAAUCAUUGCCACUUGUUGCCUCUAACAGUGAAGUGACAUCUGUAUCUGACUUAUAUGCAGCUGGGAGCAGGAUGGGCUCAUACUGGAGUGCUCCUGAGUUAAAAUAUAUCUUUUCCAAUACAGUUAGUCAGACUGAUUGCUAUGUAAGCCUGACCUUGCCCACUGCUUCCCCUGAGACGGUCCGGACCAAAACCAUCAUGAACUGCAAAGAUCCAGUGUGGAAUGAAACAUUUUGCUUCAGGAUCCAGAGCCAAGUAAAAAAUAUUCUUGAGAUGAAAGUCUAUGAUGAAAAUGCAGCCACUAAAGAUGACCUCCUCUUCACUGUUCUCUUUGAUAUUGCUAAAAUCCAACUUGGAGAAACUGUUCGCUUGACUUUUCAGCUGAAUCCAAAGACACAGGAGACGCUAGAGGUUGAGUUUACAUUGGAGAGCAUUCCAGUCCCUCCUGAAAAGCUUGUCACUAAUGGUGUAUUAGUGGCUCGUGAAAUUUCCUGCUUGCAAGUCCUGGUGGACAACAGAUGGACAAAGAAAGAAACUUCAGAAAAAGAGUUCUUGUUUUCAGUGAAGGGAUCCUACGAAGAGAGCCAGACGCUGUCUCUGGGCUCUUUCUGGCAACCCGUGAAGCCCCUGGACUUCCAUUACAUCAAGUACAACCUGUCAGAGCUGCGCAUGGCUCUGGCAGAGAAGCCUCCUUUCUACUCGUGUACUUCAGGUGAAAAGAAAAAAGACUGCCAUGCAUCCCUCACUAUUCCUCUGGAUUCACUUCCAUUGAAUGAGAAAGUGGCAGUAGCAAAGGAUGAGACAAUCAAUUUACAUAUGAAAUCAAAUGACUGGAACUCUGCACUUUGUUUGAGGUCACGAAACUUAGAUGUUCGUUUGGAGUUUGAUCUGUGUAAGGAAGAGAAAAAUUUCCUACAGAAAAGGAAGAAGUUUGUGGCUUCUGCUCUGAAAAAAACACUUCAUUUAGAGCAAGACCUGCAAGAUCAUGAGGUACCAGUUGUAGCAGUCAUGACAACAGGAGGUGGUGCCCGGGCACUGACAUCUCUGCUAGGCAACCUGUUGGGUCUUCAAAAGCUGGGUCUCUUGGAUGCUAUUUCAUACAUCACUGGGUCAUCCGGUUCAACAUGGACUUUGUCACAUUUGUAUCAGAGCACUGAGUGGUCACAUAGGGAUCUAUCCAGACCGAUUGGUGAAGUCCGCAGACAUAUGACCAAAUGCAAGCUAAGCUGCUUUUCCCUGGAAAGCUUGAAAUACUAUGCCAAGGAGCUAAAACUGCGGAAGCAAGAGGGUUACCAGAUCUCUAGUGUUGAUUUCUGGGGACUUCUUCUGGAAAAAGCAUUAAGUGAUGGGAAAAAUAACCACAAACUCUCAGAUGAGCGACAGGCAUUGAAUCAGGGUCAAAAUCCUCUACCUAUCUACAUGAUCCUCAACAUCAAGGAAGACUACAGCCUUUCAGAGUUCAAAGAAUGGGUGGAGUUCACCCCUUAUGAGGUCGGGUUCUUAAAAUAUGGUGCCUUCAUUCGUGCAGAGGAUUUUGGCAGUGAGUUCUUCAUGGGUCGCCUUAUGAAGAAGCUCCCAGAAUCCCGCAUUUGUUUCAUGAAAGGUCUAUGGAGCAACGUCUUUUCCUACAAUCUUUUGGAUGCCUUGCAUUCGUCAGAUCCUACAGAAAGGCGCUCACUGAGGUGUACCCAACACAGGGCUGUUGAUGUUGAAGAUGAACCCUCUCCACCAGAUGGGAGCCAUGAGUUGGAGACUUACUUAGUGACCCCUGAAUGUGGCAUCGUGGGCAUUAUUCGUCGGCUGCUGACAGAGCGGGUGAUUUUUUCAAAGUUCUACAACUUCCUGAAGGGGUUCCAAGUGCACAAUGCAUACCUUCAAAGCAAAAACUUUUGUAUGUGGAAAGAUACUGUACUAGAGCAUUUCCCCAACCAGCUGACAGAAACAGCAGAGUUCAUGUGCCUGGCAGACACGGCAGGAUACAUCGAUAUUAGCUAUCCACCACUCAUGAGGUCGGAGAGGAAAGUGGAUGUUGUCCUGCACUUAAACUAUUCUUCUGGAUCACAGACAUUGCCUUUGGAAGAAGCCUCCAAGUACUUCCAAAAACAGGGAAUCCCAUUUCCCAAAAUCCACAUGAGUGAAGAAGAAAAGAAAAAUCUAAAGGAGUGCUACAUCUUUGAAGACACAGAGACCCCAGAGGCACCGACAGUGGUGUUUUUCCCACUGGUAAAUGACUCCUUCAGAAAAUACAAAGAGCCAGGUGUGGAGCGCAACCCUGCUGAGAUGGCACAAGGCAACGUUGACGUUUCUACCAUUUUUUCCCCAUACUGCUUAAACAGCUUUACCUACACAGGGGAGGAGUUUGACAAGCUGAUAGAACUGACCAGCUACAAUAUUCGGAACAACCAACACCUGAUCCUUCAGGCUUUGAAUUCAGCCAUAGAGCAGAAACGACAGCGCAAAAAAUAA